UAAUUAUGACUCAUGAGUAAGUGAUUGUGGUUUCCUGGAAACACAUCCUUUCCUUGUAGAGGUAUUUUAUAAUGAAGUUUAAUAGUUUGCAGUUCCACCCAACUACUUACAGAUAUAUUUUUACUUAAAAUUAUCUUCAUCAAAAGUCUAUUUUCACAAAAUAUUUUCAAAUGUGGCUUUGUGGUUUUGUGUUGAAAAUCUUUCUGUCUAAUACAUUAGCAUAUAAUUUGGAUAUUACCAAUGCUAUUGUAUUUACUACUCCACAAAAUUUAGAAGGUAGACGAAAUAGUUAUUUCGGAUAUGCUACUGCUCUGUACACUAGCAGUAAAAAUGUUUCUGCAGUACUUAUUGGUGCACCAAGAGCAAAUAUAAGUAAAAUUCAAUCUGUAUUAGAACCAGGAACUAUUUAUAUGUGUUUACUUAAUAAUGUGUGUAAGGAAUGGAUUGUCGAUAAGUCUAAAGAUGAAAUUCAUCAGAAUAGAAAUAAUUCAUGGAUUGGAGCAGUUGUUCUAUCAGAAAAUAAUAGAAUAAAUUCUAAAAUUCUGGUUUGUGCUCCACGAUGGAAAUAUAUAAUUGGUACAUACUGGUAUAUGAAUGGUAUGUGUUAUUGGACUACAGCUACUAAUUUAGAAUCUUUUGAAAAGGAUGCAGAAAAAAUGUCUCUAAUAUCGAUUAAUGCUAAUCAAACUACUUUAUGGAAUAACAUCUGGUUAUAUGAUUUCGGAAUUGGUCAACUUGGUUUUUCUGCUGAUAUAUCUUCUGCUAAUAAAUUAGGCUUGAAUGUUGUUUUGGGGUCACCAGGUAUAUUUAACUGGAAAGGUUCUGCAGUAUUAUUAACAGAAUCAACUUCUGGUCACAGACAAAUUAUUAUUCCAAAUAACAAAAACACUGUUCCGGACUUUUUUGAUUACUUGGGAUAUUCAACAACUUCCGGAUUUUAUUUUAGCAAACAAGAACGUUUGUUUGCAUCAGGUUCACCAAGAGGUAAUGAUAUGAAGGGAUAUGUUAUAAUAUAUUCUUUUCCAGAAUAUUCUGGUGAAAGGAUUAAUAUUAGUAAUACCUUGAAUGGUUACCAGUAUGGAGAAUAUUUUGGAGCUACUUUGGCAUCAUGUGACUUAAAUAAUGACGAUAAAGAUGAUUUAAUUGUUGGUGCACCUCUUUGGACUAGAGAUAUGGACGAGGGUCGAGUAUACAUCUUUAUGGCAUGGGAAAAUAACAAUUUUAUGAAAGAUCAAGAAAUUGAUGGUGAUGUGAGUGGAGGAAGAUUUGGCUCUUCUAUAACAUGCUUAGGAGAUAUUGAUUAUGACGGAUACAAUGAUAUUAUGAUCGGUGCACCGUAUGAAGGAGACAGUGGUGCAAUAUAUUUAUACAAUAGUAAUAAAAAUGGAGUUCUGAAAUGUAGUCAAAAGAUACUUGGUUCCGAAUUUUCACCAAACAUUCGUGGAUUUGGUAUAUCAAUAUCAAAGCCUUUGGAUAUAAAUAAUGACAAAUACCUUGAUAUUGCAGUAGGAGCAUAUUUAUCAGAGCAAGUUGUUUUGUUACCAUCUAAACCUGUUGUUUCAAUAACAGUAGAUCUUGUGUAUCCUACAAAAACAUUGUCUAGAGAUUCGAAAUUUUUUUCCAUUCAUAUAUGUACCAUUUAUGAAGGUGUAUAUGCUCCUAAAAACUUAAAUAUCAUCCGUAAUUUAGAAAUAGAUCCAUUGUAUGGACGAGCGAUGUAUUUGACGAAUAAUACAAGUAAUUUUAUUUGCAUUUUACCAACUACGUUAAAAAUAUCCGAACGUCAAUGCGAGUUGUUUAAAAUUCAUCUUAAGAACAAUAUACAAAAUGUGAUUGAUCCAAUUUCAAUAUCUGUAGUGGUAGAUUUUAAUAAUACCACACAAAAAAGUAACAAGUCAAGUAAUAUUUUUCAUAGAUCAUCUGUAGUAAUAAACAAACUAAAUUCAAAAACUAAAGAUGUUAUUCAAUUACCAUUUCUAUUGGAAUGUGGUAGUGAUGAUAUUUGUAACUCGGAUUUACGAAUAUCUCUUCGAACUGAUUUAAAAUCCAAUAAUACAUACAUUAUUGGAUCAUCAUCGAAUUUGAAACUUAUAAUUGAUAUUCAUAAUAAUGGUGAACCUGCUUAUCAGACACAAGUACACAUUUCUAUUCCAAAUCCCUUGUCAUUAGCAAGUAUACCACCAGCAUGCAUGGAAUCAUCUUGGACAAAUAAAUAUAUUUUGCAAGUAAUAUGUGAUGUUGGAAAUCCUCUUACCAAUGCAACCAAUGAAACAAUGAUAUUAGAAUUGGAUACAAGCAAGGUUCGUUUUGAUGUCAAGAGUUUGGAAUUAUAUGCAAAUAUUACUACUCAAAGUGAAGAAAUAAAUGAUUUAAAUAAGAACUAUACUAUGACAAUUUAUUUUGAUAUUGAUGUUGAUAUAGCUAUAGCAGGAAAAGCACAAGAUAAUGUAUAUUCGUACUCUCAGAAAGAUGAAAAAGAUUCACAAAAUAUCAGAUUUAAACAUAUUUAUGAAGUACAAAAGUUUGGAACAAGUCCAAUUUAUGAAGCUGUCUUAAUGAUAGAGAUUCCAACAUAUUGGAAAAACAAAGAUUACAAUAUAGAAUUGAUUAGUAUAAAUCAAACGAUUGCUCAUAUGGAUGGUAAUAUUCUUAAAUUAAAAAUCAAUGAUUUGGAUCAUUGUAAAAACUGUCAAACCUCCACGAAGAAAAUCGUUGAUAAAUUCAUUGAUGAAUUUGAUAUGAAUAAUAAAUCAGUUGAUAUUCACACAAAAACAGAGAUCAAGUCUGAAGAAAAUUUUACCAACACGGAAAAAUUGGUAAAAAAUACACCUCUUGAGAACAGAAUAUUGUUCAUUAAUUGUAGUGAUCCAAUGAUUGUGUGUAAACAACUUGAAUGUAAACUAAUUCCUUUUACAAGCUCUUUAUCUGUCACCCAACUCAUAAUUACAUUAGAUUUCAAAUUGUCAAAUAUUCCAUCAUUCAUGUUGGAAAAUAAAAAUAUCAUAUUAUUUGUAUCUAAAGGCAUCGUAAAUAUCACACAACCACCCAAUGUUAUUCAAGAAAGCACAAAUAAACCUGAUACAACCAUCAUAACUACAAAAUUCCAGGGAUCUCCAAUAAACGAACGUGUUGCCGGAUGGAUAGUAGUUUUAUCAAUAUUUCUUGGGAUUAUACUUUUCAUAUUAAUUACUCUAGGUCUUAUUAAGUUGGGUUUCUUUCAUAGAAAAAAGAAAGCACAACUAGAGGCUUUGAUAGCUGUAUCAAAUGAAAACAAUCCUAAGAUUUUAGAAACAACUUCGUCCGAAGUUCCUGAUCAAGAGUAAGUAAGUAAGAAUAUAUAUUAUGAAAUAUAUUUCAUUUCUUCUAAUUUAUUUUUCAAAACAAGUACAAUAAAUAGCAACGUGUAUAACAUUUUAAAUAAUCGUACAACGUGUAAGAUAGAAUAUAUUCAUUUUAAAAACAUCAAUUCUUUAUAAAAAUAUAAGUCAUAAAAAUAGCAACAUAUUUGGUAAAUUCAUUUGUGCUGUUGAUUAAAUCCUGUGUUGAAGAGAGUUAGGGAAUAACAAAAAUAAGAUAUAUAAUGUGAUGGUUGCAUCACGCGUAUUGGAAGAACGUAGUCAUUCGAAACGAAAAACGAAGAUAGCAAUUAUACCAGAAAAUAUAUGAAGUUACAUAGAUCGUUUCCAACAAUCUGUUAUUAUAUUUUGUUAAUCACACAUUCCCUCUUUACCAUCUGUUAUAGGAUAUUUGUUAAGUCAUAGCAAUUAAUAACAUUAACGAACGAAACACUUGGCAGUAAACAUCUAAUAUUUUUGUUAUUUUAAUGUGAUGUUUGUAUAGGCUAAAAGCAUAUUUUUUGACUUCUACGCGUGUUUUUUUCUUCAAUUAUUUGUAUAUAUUUACGAUUUAUUUUUAAGCCACACAAAAACUGCAAAUGUAAUUGCAGGUAUAUAAAAUGCAAAACUUAAUACUUCAGAUCUUUAAAAUAGAGAGAGCAAUAUAUUAAUUUUGAUAUAAUUUUUGCAAUAAUUUUUCUUAUGUAGAGGCACUUUUCUUACUAAUUUUUGUUCACCUCUUCUAUAAAAAUAAGCAUUUAAUCUUCAAGGCCAAGUCCUUUAGAUAUUUCAUCCGCUGACAAUUUGUUUCCCUCUGAUUUUGGAGGACUAUUCAUGUGCGCAGAAGGCAUUGGUGCAUUUGGUGUUACAUAACUUGGAGAAUGUUCAUGAGAUCUCUGUAUCAAAAAGUUUCACAAAUAGAUCAAAAGUAUAAAACAUAGUCUCACUUAUAGAAGUAAUAUUUACUUUGUUUCGUUUAUAUCAUUUAGCAUAAGAUUAUUACUUUUAUACUUACACCUUUCCCAUGUUUGCUUAAUCCAUCUAUAGCAGAACUUAGUAAUGAUGUACCAAGUGUAGAACCUAUACCGGACAAGAAGCUUGAACCACCAGAUCCUUGCUGAGAUCCAUAUGGUGCUGAAUAUCCACCAUAGCCUCCUGAGGGUUGAUAUGCUGGUUGUUGAUGAUGAUUUCCACCACCUCCAAGAACUCCACCAAGAAUAGAUCCUAAUGCUCCAGUUAAUGGGUCAUUAUUGGAGGAUGGAGGUGGAGGUGGUUGAUACGCUGGUCGUUGUGCUCCAGCCCCACCUUAUAAUUGUAAGAAUAUAUAAAUUAACAUUGUUGAUACUAAUGAUUAAGCGAUCAAAAAGCUAUUUCUUUUUCCAUAAAUUUGAAUUAGCUAAACUGGUAUUAAAAAUGUUGUUCGAAAAAAAAAAGUUAUAAAAGGACAAAAAUUAGUUCUUUUAACAUAAUUCUUUUAAAACAUCUUGUUAUAUUAAACUAGUAUAUAAACUUCAUAUAUCUAAUACCUAAUGCUCCAAGAAUAGAUCCAAGAACAUCACCGCCACUUCCUUGAGAAGGAUAGCCUUGCUGUGCAUGUAAGUUUCUUUGUAAAGCAGUGGUUGCUAAAUUGGUGGCUAAAGCAGUAAAUGUACUUGAUAGUCCUAAACCACUGUCACUCUUUGUUGAUGCAUUGGAAGCAUCUAAUUUUCCAAGUUGUUCUUCUUCUUUCUUUCUCUGUAAUAAUAUAUAACAAAUAUUAUUUUUUGUUUCAUUUUCAGUACUAUAGUAAUUACACAAGUUGUUAUACAUACAUUGGCAUAUUCCAUUGCAGCCAUACUACCUGCAGCAACUAAUCCACUCCAAGGUAUAUUACUGAAUAAACCACCAAACGAAUCUUUUUCUUCGCUCGACUGAUUAUUUCCAUUCGAAGGGCCAUAUGGAGAAGAUGAUGGACCAUAACCAGGAGGUGGAGGACCAUAUCCUCCUGGGAUUGAUUUUGUAUCCAGACUUGGAUACAAACCACCUGGUUCUAUUAAAAUUUAAAUUUAUUCAAAUAGUAUUAAUAUAGUAAUUACAUUUAAUAAUGCUACAUCAUAUAAAUAUAAAUAAGAAUGAAAUAUUCUUACGAGGAGGACCAAAGUCUGCAGAUGGAACUGGUAUAGGUGGCGAGGAAUGUGGUGAUCCAACCGGUACAUUUUCAUAGAUAAUGCUAGAUACUUCAACAUCACCAUCGAUUACUAAAUACGUAACUUUCUGGUAUGGUAACCGAUGUGCAAAUUCUGCGAAAUGCCUGCCAUUUAUAGCAAUUUUAUAAUUCAAAUGAUCACAUAAAAUAAUCAUUUCAAAUUCUUGACCAGGUUGUAUACACAGAGGACCUUCAUUUUCAUUUGCUCCCCAUGUCAUGGAUUCAAUAUGAUUUCUUGUAAUAACACCAUCAGAAAAUCGAGGUGAUAUAUGAAUAGCUAUAUCAUCUCUUGGAUUUAAUAUCGGUCCCAAUUGAUAAUUAACAGCAAACCGCACUGCAUUUGCAGGGACUUUACCCCGAAUUCUUACCAUUUUUCCAGGUACUAAACCAUUUUCAACUGCUCCUACGUAAGGAAUUUCCUAUAAGAAAAAGAAAAAAAAAAAAGAAAACAUUGACACAAUUAAUUUAUACUAUAUAAGUUCAUGUUUAUUAAUAAUCCAGAAAUAUAUUACCAUAGUAAGCAUAAUGUAAUAACAGCAAUGCGGAUAAUUUUAAAAUAUACCGAAUAACACGUAUUUUAUCGGAAAGAGAUAAAUGAUGUAAUAAAGGAUAAACUUACUGGAUUUGUAGCUACUUCAGUUGCCAUUUUAUAAUAAAUUAGAGAUAAAAUAUAUGAAAAAAAUGAUAAAUUUUCAAACUCGAGAUAUAAGGCGUCACCACUGCGUACAAAAA